GGAUAGCAGACGUGAGGCUUUAUUUCAGGUUCAGACUCUGUGAAUCUCUUUCUACAUGGAGUGCAGUAGGAGAACCUUCUACUUUGUCUCAGUGGUUAUAUACAGAUGUGGUAAUACACAGCAGACCUUCCAGGUCUUGCAGCUUGUGUAAUACUGACCACUUUAAGCAGACGUGGAUAUGAGGUUGUGCAGAUUUAUAGUCUGCCUUUAGCCAGUCUUUGUUGAACAUAAUCGAUGUGCUGUAAAAACAAUUCUGAAAUCCUGCAUAAUCCAAUGUACAGUCCUUUUUGUUUUCCUUCAUAUCUGUACAUGGAGUACAGGAGGUUGUUCUGCCACCUGCAGGCAUUAACUGAAAGAUUGGCUUCAAAUAUCUCACCGAGCUUGCAAUGUUAGUUUAGAGCUUCCACUGAGGUACCUUUCCUUACUGGUAUUCAGAUGUCAUUUAAGAUAAAAGAAGAUGAAGCAUUUUGUCUUGGAGAAGAGUUGUUUCAGAAUUAUUGUUACGAGUUUAUCAAGCAUUCAGAAAAGAUAGGCGAUGGAUGGGAGUGGAAAACGGUUAAGGACCUCUGUGGACACUUCAUUUGUUGUAUAGAUCAAGUACAUACCAAAGGUGGCAUUAAACUUGGUGACUGGUCUGAGUGCCAAGUACAAUGGAACAAAAGCAUCUUUGGACCUAUAUACCAUGCCGCUGCUUAUAAGUUGCGUAAUAUGAAACUCAUUGCUCACUGUAACAGACACAUGGUCAUGUAUAUGGGGUGUGAUGAAGGUUACAUGAGUAAGACAGUUAUGACAACAAAACCCAUCAACUCUCUGUGUAUUAUUAAAACUUGCAGUGAUGGAGAUAACCAAAAUGAUGAUACUUUAUAUAAAAAUGAGGAUGGAUUUGAAGACCUCCAGGAUGAUUGUCAGGCCACUGGCCUUCCAAGAUUAGAAACAGUUCGCUAUGAGUAUCAUGUUGUAUACUCCAGCAGCUACCAGGUCCCAGUGCUGUAUUUUAGAGCAUGCUACACAGAUGGGAAACCACUUACUCUUGAAGAAAUAUGGGGAAGUGUUAAUGAAUGCUACAGAGACCAUCUACUCCAAGAAGCUUGGGAAACUAUAACUCAGCAGGAACAUCCUUUGCUUGGGCAACCAUUCUUUGUACUUCACCCGUGCAGGACUGCCAAAUUUAUGAGUGCCAUCUUUCCUAAAGCGCAGCAGAGUAAAUGCCCAGUUAAUUACAUUACAACCUGGCUGAGUAUGGUAGGCCCUGUUGUAGGACUUAACCUGCAUUUGAGCUAUGCCUCUUCAAUACCACAGUGCAGUACAGAAGAGCCUGACUGACUAAGAAG